AUGGAUUAUAUGGAUCCAACAAGUCUGAGCCGAUUUGCGCGAACUUUUCGGGGUUUCCACCAAUGUGCACGGCAGAAGUUGAGGCAGACAGCAAGAACAUACGCUCUCCCAUCCCAGGAUGUCUAUGAUAAAUACUUGACGAAGGAGCAGGAUGGUAGAUAUUAUGCAUACAUCUUUGGCGACCAAGAGAUCCCUCCCCGGGAACCCAUGGUCCAAGCUAUAAUAGAUGGGCGGCUUGAUGCCCUCAAAGGAUUCCUCGAUGCUGGCGUAAGUCCCGACUCCUACACUAUCAGUGGACAUCGAAUGCUCAGCGUGGCGAUUGUGCAUGAUCAAGUUGACUGCGCCAAUCUUCUUCUGCAGUACCAGGCCAACCCUCGCCUGCCAGACCUCACCGGCAACAUCGACGUGGAAUGCAGGGUACCGUUCUACCAUGCGGCAGCCAGUUGCAGGAUGGGAGGCGAGUUUAUAUACUCUUUGAUUGAGAUUGGAGUCAAAAUCACGUCCAUGAAUGUCUUCCACUUGAUCCGGAAUCGUCCCGAUGCUUUAGAUAUCUUGGCCUAUGCCGUUGAGUACGGCACGGAUCUCGGGAGUCUGACCGGACAAGAUGGAUCGACGAUUUUGCACAAUGCCAUUUACGAUUGGAUGGAGUUCUAUCCCUUCGUGCAAGAGGACGGGCGACAAGUUUCCAGGCCCCUGGUAGGAGACCCCAGACUGAUAGAGUAUAUCGUGAUCAAUUAUCCGGAGCUUAUUGACGAACAGAACCUCAUUGGCCAAACGGCUCUCCAUAGGGCUCUGUGCUAUUCCAAAAACAACCCUGGGAUUGCCGAGCAGUUGAUUGAACUGGAAUGUGCGGUUGGCAUUUCGGACGAAUGGGGUCGUCAGGAGCUACACUAUGCAGUCCAGCAACUCCAGUGCAAUGCCGAGAUUGUGCGUGCUCUGUGUAGGAGGUCAGAGGUCGACGUCAACGCCAUUGCCGAUAUCAUUCCAUACGGAAGAGUGGAGCCCUUGCGAAUGGCGGUUUAUGAUGGGAAUUAUGAGAUGGCGAAUGUAUUGCUGGAAGAUCCUCGGGUGGCUAUCCAUCAAGACUGUCUCGAGUUUGUGAAAUCGUUUGCAAACGGGGAUUUGUGGAUUCAAGGGGAACAGACGUGUUUUGAAAUCUCGAGACACGCUCGAUUCAACAAAUUUCGGUUUUUCAUCCAAGCCAGUCGCACCUUCCCUGCUUUUGGCCGUAACGAGCUAAAAUGGGAUCAUGAUGAUGUAACACAGUCCAACGGGCCCGAUUCGAUCUCAAUGGACGAAAGGGACACGCGAUACCACGACGGACAUUAG